CGGAAACUUCAUUUCUGCUGUUUAUUCCAGCUUGUGAAAAUGGAGCGUUUAUCUGCAGCAAACACACAGUUCUCUCUAAACCUGUUCAAGAAGAUCAGCGGAGGAAACGCAUCAAAAAAUGUGUUCUACUCUCCGAUCAGCAUCUCUUCAGCUCUGGCCAUGGUGUCACUCGGAGCAAAAGGAAACACAGCGGCGCAGAUGUUUAAGGUCCUGGGCUUUACCAAUCCUCCCAAACCUGGCGCUGCCACUCCAGCUCCUCAUGUUAAAGAAGACCAAAUUCAUUCCAGCUUCAACAAGCUCAUGAGUGAACUGAAGAAACCAGGAGCGCCGUAUGUGCUGAGUCUUGCCAACCGUCUCUACGGAGAGCAAUCCUACCAGUUUGUUGAGAAAUUCCUCAAUGACACAAAAACAUACUAUAAAGCCGAACUGGAGGAGGUGGACUUCAAGAAGAAAUCAGAGGCUGCGCGUGUCAACAUCAACAAAUGGGUGGAGAAAAACACUCAAGAAAAGAUCAAGAACUUGCUGCCACAAGGAAGUGUCAGUGAUGCAACAAAACUGGUCUUGGUGAACGCCAUCUACUUCAAGGGGAACUGGGAGAAGAAAUUCCCAAAGGAAGCCACCAGAGUUGGACAGUUUAAGCUGAACAAAACUCAAACUAAACCAGUGAAGAUGAUGUAUCAGGAAUCCAAUUUUCCUCUGGCCUUCAUCCCAGAGAUGAACAGUCAGGUUGUGGAGCUGCCGUAUGUCGGGAAGAAUCUCAGUAUGUUGAUCAUCCUUCCGAACAAGAUUCAAGACGAAACCACUGGCCUUCAGAAGCUUGAAAAGGCACUGACCUACGAGAAGCUCAUGGAGUGGACCAAACCCAGCAAGAUGCUUCAAGAGCAAGUUCAAGUAACUCUGCCCAGAUUCAAGAUGGAGGAAAGCUAUGAUAAGAUGAGGAGUCUUCUGAUCAGCAUGGGGAUGGAGGAUGUGUUUGACCUGCAGAAGGUGAAUCUUUCAGGCAUGUCGCCCAACAAUGACCUGGUGGUGUCGGAGGUGAUUCAUAAAGCCUUCGUUGAAGUAAACGAGGAAGGAACCGAAGCGGCUGCAGCCACCGCCAACGUCGGUUUUACAGCCUCAAUGCCAGUAGACCCAAAAACCUUUAUUGCAGACCAUCCCUUCAUUUUCUUCAUCCGUCACAAUCCCUCCAACAGCAUUCUGUUUUACGGACGCUUCUGUUCUCCUUGAAGAUAGUAAUGAUGGAGUGAUGAUUCUAGUGGCAUGUGUUCCUCUAAUAAAUAAAGGCUGUAGG